CGCUCCCUACAGUUGCGCCCAGUUGGGUCUGCGCAGUGGAACAGGACUGGGUCCGGAAUUUCUGUCCGUCCGGAAUCAUCAGGAAUAUUUUCAGAUGUGGUUUUGAGACCCGCGGAGACACGGACAGCUUUCUGUGGACUUUCUCAUACCAGGUGGACACUUUGGAGUGAGGAGACAGCAGGACAAAUCCUCUCUGCUGAAGAAUGUGAGCGUCUACUGGGUGGUUGGGAAUGAUCCAGGAUCAGCUCCAGGACACGUCGAGAUCCGCGAUCACCUGUUGAAGAUGUCCCGUGUCCGGUUCUACUUCUAGGACCAGUGCGUGAGCUGCGCUUCACCAGAUGCCCGAGCCGUCCUCCAAACUACUAGAAGCUCCGUUUCCUCGGUAUGCUGUAGGAUGAGCGCGGACCUGGAGCGCGUUUCGCUAAACACAUCGGUGAACGCGACCGGCCCGGGCGGCCGCGCGCUCUCCGCUAACGUCCGGAGGCUCCACAACGCGCUGAACCUGCUGCUGAGUGACCUGGAGAGAGAGCAGUUCAUCCACUGUCUCAAUAUCUACCACGCCAAGCGCAACGUCUUCGACCUGGUGCAGACCCUGCGGGUGAUCCUGGACACGGCCGGGAAGCGGCAGCUGCUGCCGCUUCUGCGCCUGGUCAUCCCCCGCUCUGACCAGCUGCUCUUCGACCAGUACACGUCCGAGGGGCUCUACCUGAAGACGGACCUGCUGCCCAGCAACGGCCGCGCGGAGGUCUUUGGAGAUGAAGGCGACCCCACUCUGCAGUCCUAUGUCAGCUCCAUCCACGAACAGCCUCUCGCGAGCAGCUGUCCGGACACCGAUGCGUCCAUGGUCCCGCUUCUCUGUCAGGGUCUCUUUGGAGAGGUCCGACAAGUUACCCUGAAGCGCUCCAGGAGCCACGAGGGUCUGGGCUUCAGCAUACGCGGGGGUUCCGAGCACGGUGUUGGAAUCUACGUGUCUCUGGUGGAGCCGGGCUCAUCGGCUGAGAGGGAGGGACUGAAGGUCGGCGACCAGAUAGUGACCGCAAACGACACCAUGUUUGAUCAUGUGUCUCACAUCGAGGCGGUGAAGGUCCUGAAGGGGUGCAAGAAGCUGACCAUGUCAGUGUGCUCCAUGGCUCAGAUCCCUGGAGGUUACAUCACCAACCAUGUCUACAGCUGGGUGGACCCUCAGGGCAGGAGUGUCUCCCCACCACCUGAUAGCCAGGAGGCAAACCAGAGGCAAGGCCAUGGCCUGGAGGAGAGGACGGUGACCCUGAACAUGGACGACGGUCGCUCUCUGGGUCUAAUGAUCAGAGGUGGUGCUGAGUAUGGCCUGGGGAUCUACAUCACUGGGGUGGACCCUGGUUCUGCUGCAGAUGCAGGUGCACUCCAGGUGGGUGACCUAAUACUGGAGGUGAAUGGCCAGAGUUUUGUCACCAUCUCCCAUGAUGAGGCGGUUAACAUCCUCAAAACAGGACGUCACCUGCUGAUGAAGGUGAGGGAUGUGGGCCGCCUCCCUCAUGCUCGCACCGAUGUGGCUGAGACCAAGUGGAUGUGUAGUCCGGCCGUGGCUGAGACCAGCGCUAAAGCUAACUCCAGCGCCGUCCCUAACCCUGCCGGUGGUGCUGGUAUCUCUGUCUGCAGUAAAAGACCAUCUUCAGCCAAAGCCCCGUCUGGAUUUGCACAGCCGACAGGACACAGAGGUGUUGCUCCACCUGGAGCUCAGGUGUCUCUGGAGCAGCAGGCCUACAUGCUGCUCACAGAGCAGGAGACGCAGACCAUGAUCUACUACUUGCAGGAGUAUCAGGAGAACCACAUCGGAGUGGAACCACUGGCCAUGGCCCUGUUUGAGCUGUUCAACACACAUGCAAAGCUGUCAAUGUUAACUGAGGUGAGGAGUCUGGUGGCUCCCCAUGAUCUGGAGGUGUAUGACAGGCUGGUGUUGCACCGUGAGAAGGAGGCUCAUCAGGCCUGGCAGGGAGGUCUGGGGGUGCUGCAUCCACCGAGUAACUGUAAGCCUGCAGGCGCACUGAUCCACACCGCAGGCCAUACCAUCCCUGCUACGGUACGAAACCCUGAAUUCUACCAACGUGAAGGAUUUGAACGGACAGUCAGAACCUUUCUUUUUUCCAGACGGACUGCUCUGCUGGUAGCUGGGUGGACAAAGACCAGGAGAAGAACACAAACGCCUUUCAAAACCUUUCACUGGAUGAGAUGCAAGCUUUCAGGGAAUGCCCCCCCUUCAGAACGGCUCCUCUUCAGGUCCAGAACAGAUCCACCAGGGAGAAGGAGCUUAGCCGGAAGCCUUCAGCCCGGCUGCUGCAUCCCAGUUCCAGCCUGCUCUUCACCGGCCCCCCACAGCUGCUUCAGGACUGCCUCCACAAGCUGCAUAAGCCCCUCCCCACCACCCAAAAGCCCCCCCUCAGUCUCUACUCACCACAGUUGUGUCGGUGCCAUACACCACACCUCCCUCAACGCCCUCCACCACAGCUGCCAGAGCUCCCCCCAGCUCUCUGACUCAGAUCCGCUCAACCACUUCACCCAGUACGCUCACCAUCAUGCUCCUCUUUACAACCAGCCUGGUUCAGGACACCACACCUGUCCGGGCUUCCUGCACCAUCGGGACUCCUCCAUGUCUGCUAAACCAGAGGCUUCUGUCAAGCUGUCUUCUAGAUCCAGCUCCUAUGAAAAGUCCUCCAUCUUUUCUAAGUCCACAUCUUCUUCCAAAGCAGCGUCUCCAAUGCCAUCCCCUCAUCCAUCGCCCCACCCUUCACCAUGUCCCUCCCCAUGCCCCUCUCUCAUCACAUCAGCUGCUCCAUCCUGUAGUCCUGACCGGCCCUGUUCGCCUGCCCUCACCCAGAAAGUCACCAUAACAGACAUGAACCGGCUUUCUGCAGAUUCCAGACCUCAGCAGAGAGGGGCAACCUUAUCUCAGCUGUCAGACAGUGGCCAGACUCUGAGUGAGGACAGCGGGGUGGACAUAGCAGAGGCAGGAGGUCUUAGUAAGGAUGGCAGUCCUCGACCCAGCAAGAGCCAGCAGGGCCAUCCAGAACAGCCAGUAGCCCAUGGACCUUCUUCAGGCGUCCUGAGACAACAGACCAAUUCUCCAGUUCCUGCACAUACUGCUGUCCUGGUACGAGUGGUGAAAAAUGCCAACACCCUGGGCAUCGCCAUAGAGGGAGGGGCUAAAACACGCCAGCCUUUACCCCGCAUAGUCACCAUUCAGAAAGGAGGUUCGGCUCACAUCUCUGGCCAGCUGAAGGUGGGCCAUGUCAUCCUGGAGGUGGAUGGGGUUUCUCUCAGAGGUCGGGAGCACAAAGACGCUGCUCGGAUCAUCGCUGAGGCCUUCAAGACCAAAGAGAAGGACCACGUGGACUUCCUGGUUUUCGAGCCAGGACUUUAGAGAAAAGACAAGCGCUUUAAUGCUCCUGGUGGAAGAAGACAUCGCUCUGCUGCCUCGGGGAGUCGCCUCAACGCCUCCUGAUAGUCCUGUAAUCAUUCUUCUCGUCUCAUUUCAGGUGACCAUCAGCAGAAAUUUGUGUUGGGUAUUUUUCUGAUUGCUCUCUACAGAGAUUUGCACAAUUUAAUUUAGAAAAGGAUAUUAUAUUAAUACUUCCUAAAUUAUAAAUUAUAUCUUACUUGAAAGCUAUUUGUAUAUCUGAGUUCAUUCUCUUUAACUAGAGGUCACGUCUGUCAGUACCGCCGUGGUCCCCUCAGCAGGUGAUUCUAAACUAGAUGAUCACAUCAAUAAACUCAGUCUGAAACGUCUCAUGCACACUUUGUUUUUUGUUUUUUUAUGAUAGCUGGACAAACAUGAUGCAGACAUCUUCAUUUUAGCCAAUCAUCACCAAGUUAAAGCAAACAGCUCAACAACGGGAUGUCCAGCUGAGAGAAGAGGCCAACUAUGACACGUUAAAACUCUCAAAGAAACUUUAGUUGACCACCAAAAUCCAAACUGGAGUUCUCUUAUUAAUUAAGGCGAGGCAGGUUUAUUUGUACAUCACA